GUUGCAGAUUACUGCCGGAUACCUGGACCCUCCAAAACACAGCAAUGCGUCGGGGAUGAACGGGUCAGAGCGCUCAUUAAGAUUCAGCACACAAUCAGCAUUAGGGGGUGGAGGAGGGAGGCGAAACGGCAGGCCAGAAACAGAUACAGAGAGGAACGAUGAAGAUGCCAAGCAGGUGAUGGGACAACGAUCUAUUUCCUUGACGACUCUGCAACCUACAAUUGUAGAACCAAGGAUGGCUCAGCUCGAGACAUUAGAGGCUAAGAUGGCUAGCAUAGAAGUAUCACUGUCGAGUACUCCGAGAAGAAAGAAAAAUGGAAGCAUCUCGGGGGUCAGUUUGGGAUCUUCCAUCAGGUCUAUUCCCAAGGAGUUGGCGCUCAAGGAGUUGGAGAAUCUGCGAAAUGCGCUGAGGGAUAAAGAAAAUAUCAUUCAAAGUCUCAGAGGUCAAAUAACAUUACCCGGUUUGAGGCUCAACGCUAUUAGGGCAGGCUCCAAUGGGAAUAAUGUAAGAGAGUUGACCGAAGUCGAAAAGAAACAGGCAGAAGAUAGGCUGCUCCGGCUAAAGACAGACAUUGAUAACAAAAGACUGGCUAUCAAGAAUCUCAAGAUGGCAUUAGAAAGACUGGAUAUAACUGAUAACAUCGAUGUAAGAAUUCAACAAGCAGAAUUAGAAUAUCAAUUAGGAAGAGAAGAGCUUAACCUCCUAACGUUGUUAGAAGAAACUAGAGCUCUUCAGUUGUGUAUAGAUGAAUCGAAUAAAGCCUCUUCUGAAGCAUACACAUUGUAUAGUUGUAUAGAGGGAAGCGAUUAUGUGAUACUACAAGCGGUAAGCGUUGACUAUGAUCCAAAGAGUCCCAAAUUUGGAGCUGGUCAGAGGGAAAAUGUGCCUGGACUCUACAUAGACUGGGCAUUGGAAGGAAGUAAUCUCAAGAAAGAUGACAGGCUGAUUGAGUUGAAUGGGAAAAUCGUUUUAAACAAGAAUGUAGAAGACUUACAGCGAUUGCUAGCUGCUGCUCCAGAUCCAGCUCAAAUGGUGGUGCUCAGGAAACUAACCGCAAAAGAGGAAGUGCUGACAAUAGCUGCCAAUCCUUCGAAAGAAGUACUAGCUUUGAAGACAGAAUUGGAGGAAUUCAGAGACAGGGCGGAGGAAGCUCAAAAGGCCAAGGAAGGGCUCAGAACUGACAACAUCAGAUUGACCCACAGGAUUUCAUAUUUAGAAGAACAGGUAUCUGAACUUCUCAGUCGAAAACCCCCAGAGCAAGAUGUAAGAGUUGUCACCACAGCACCAGUCGUCUCCAAAACGAACCAAAACGUCACCAGUAUUAACAUCAGCUCCCAAUCCCCUAUUAGUAACGGUCAUUCGGAAGUUCAAAUUUUCCAGAAGGGCAACCAGAUCACUGCUCUUGUACCCACUAACAACCAUGAAUCCAAGGAGUCCAGUUAUCCCACUAGGUCGAAGAGCAGUCUCUCCAAUGUGUCGAGCACCCACAUCCCAGCACCGGUUGGCGAACAUCACUGCCAGAAAGGUAGACAUAGACAUAGGCAGAUGAGGAAUGGCGUGCAGUCUCCAGUAGGACAGAUGGAGAAAGUUUCGUAUCGGAAACAUAACCACCAUCACUGUCAUAAGGAGAAGGAUUACAGUUCGGAGACUAACUCUGCCAUAGAGCAGACCAAGAGAUACAACAGAAGGAACUACGAGAAUCAUCAGAACCAUCGAUACUCAGGUGAUUUCACGUUCAAGGCGAACUCGGAACAGAAAUACGCGAGUGAUAUUAUGGAUAAAAGCUAUAAGAAAGCCACCCAAAUCGUUCACGAAUUGACUAGAAGUAAUAAUUUAUACGAGAAACAUCGCCAACAGUGCAUUACCGCCUCAGAAAAGUACAAUGCUGACAUACUGAAGCACUACAAUGCCAGGAAAUCGACGUCCGUGAUAGAUUUCAGAUCAGAAGUACGCAUAGGUCCCAAGUUUGGGGACUCAAAAAGUGUAGAGGAGCUUGACACCUCAGAACCUCCAAGAAAUCUGGAGAGAACUUACAAGAAGGUCCAAGAUGCAAGAAGCGUCAAGUCGUUGGAUUUUGAUAGUGACUGCAACUCCAGCAGUGCGAGAUUCAAUGGCCAUAUCAGCGACACCAACUAUGCAUCCGAGGGGUGCUAUUCAGAGAACGUGAACAGCAAGACAAGACCUACUCCUCCAAAGAAACCAGCCCGACUGUCUUUGCACAAAACUGCGCAGAUGAGCGAUGACAAAGAGCGAAAAUCGAUGAAAAGGAACCACAAUGGGGAGGUCAAUGGACAGAUCACCUGGAAUUUCAGAAGGAGUAUUGAAAAUAGUUUGGAGCAAGAUAGCUGGUGUUAAACACUGUCCAACGGAAACGACUAUAUACCGGACCGUUGCAAAAAUCACUGCAGAGUGACCAGUUGCUGCUGAUUUUAUAUAUGUUUGCUUGUGUAUCUGGUAGAAGUGGUUGAUCCUUAUCAUCAUGUCUUGUCAACAAGGCAGACUGUGAGACCUUUGCCACUGAGUCAGUCAUAUAAUCUGAAUAAGCUGUUAGGUCUGAAUAAUCAGGAACACAGGCAUUUGUGGAAUGACUGAGAAAACGAAAAAGAAAAUAUUAGAAAGACCAAAGAAGGGGAUGUUACGCGCUCCGUUUAACAGUAACAUAUACGUACUCUUCAACCAUGUGUAUCAUUAUGUUAUUUUCGUAAAGAGUUUUGAGUUAAUGUGUAGAUGAAGAUAAUCAUGGGAUCUCAAGAAUUUAUUUGGUUAUGCUUUGUAGAUUUUUUGUGCAAUGUAUUUUAAUUUUGAUUAGAUUAAAUCUUCCCACUAAUUAAGUAGACGUAGAAGCUUACAGUUUAUUCGCUAAAGUUUCAGUCAGCAAUAAUCGCACCUCGGAUAUCGGUUACGAUACUGCUACUGCGCAAGAUGUGUGUGCUGUGUGAUAUUCAAUCUAAGCUAACAAAAUACUUUAGAAUUAAAUUAAUAUUAGUGUUUGUGAUAAUACGUCUCUUGUACAUUGCGACUUUUAUAGCAACCUGAUUGAAAACCGCCCCCUGUCUUUACUUGCAUAUCAACCUUGUAAUUAAAGAAGCAAUAAGCACACAUAAUAAUAAAAUCGUAGAUGUUCUCAGCACACGAGCUUUGGAAACUUUAAUCGGUCCCACAUACACAUAUUUUAAGUCACGUUGACAGGAGCAAGUCGUGGCUAUCAGCUCCGUGUAUACACGAGUCUGUAGUUGGUAGCAUUUGAAAAAAAAAAUAGCAGAGCAUUGAAAGGAACAGUACAGGUCGUAUUUAGCCUCUUUCUCAACAUGGGACAUUAAGAACCUAAAUCAAAUCCAGCCCACUGUAUCUGAAACGUAUAUAAUGCAUCCUGAUCCUGACUGCCAAAUUAUAAAUCUUUUGAUCGACUGCUGGGCGUAUGGGUGUACUAUAUGAAUAGGUGUUCCAUUGCUAAGUCUAAUUUUUCCUAUGCCUUGCAGCAUCCUCUAAUUUUAAUUUACCUUAAGCUAAAUGCAACAUGACCGCAACAGGAAUCCCCUUAACUUAUUCCUUAUUAGGCGACGACGCAACUACUGGUCAUACAAUGAUACAGUCAAUCUAUUUUCCUACUGAAAAUUUGAAACUUAGUUGAUCUUAGAUAAAAUUUGUGUGCAAUCUGGCAACUUACCGCACAUCUUACCAGCUUCGCUUAACUCAUUGUUGCCAAUAACAAACAUUUUUUGGCUAAUAAUUGAUAGCUCCGGACAUAAAUAAAUGACUUUACUGAUAUUUUAGUUAUCACAUUGGAUAGGUUAUUUAUGUUUUUAGGAUAUCCUGCGGCGUGAAAUUAGAUCACAAAACAGGGGAAAAGAGAAAGCGCCGUGGGCCCUACAAUUACAAGGGAGAUAAACGCUUAUUAUGGUAGAGAUGCAUACAAAAUACGACGAGCAAAAUAUAAAAAAACGUUUGUAGGUCCUAAGUAGAAAUUAAAAUCGAAAAUGAUCAGACUGUACUAUGACUUAGCGCUGCCUGCUCAAAAAACUGAUUUACUUGUAGGGCGGGAUGAAAAGCAGGACUUGACACCUGAGAACCCUAUUCACAAGGUACACUUACCAGGUUAUAGACAAAGUACUUCAAUGAUGACUGCACUUAUUUUUUAUUUGGAACGAGUAAUUUAUUAUAUGUAAGAAUACGGUGCAUUGCUUAUUUUUUUGUUGAAGGAUCAAGCAUCGUUCCAUUUAUUUUUAAGAAAUACAGUAACUGUACGUUUCUUGAAACUGUCUACAAGCACGUACGGAGAACACCAUGUACAUUUGUAUCGUGCUUUUAAUUCGUGCCCAGUAUCAUGAUGAACUUGGAUGAAAACAUAAUUCUUAAUUGUAUUAUAUUCGUGUCAGUGUGGGAAAAUUUCUAUUCAGCAACUGUUGGUAGAAAUUAAAAAUGAAAGCAAACAUUUUAUUUAGCAUGCGAUGUAGUAGUGCUGGAAGCACUUAGAUAUGUCUGUAAAUAUUCAUGUUGUUUUUGUCG